AUGCACAACCUCAAUGCACAGUUGGCGCAGAGCUACUGCCUCCGUGUGCAGCUGCACGCUGUUGGCGACUCUCGAAGUACCAGUCCAUUACAGAAGUACCAUAGUUCCAUUACAGAAGUACCACAGUCCAUUACAGAAGUACCACAGAAGUAUCACAGUCCAUUACAGAAGUACCACAGUCCAUUACAGAAGUACCACUGUCCACAGUCCAUUACAGAAGUAUCACAGUCCAUUACAGAAGUACCACAGUCCAUUACAGAAGUACCUCCAUUACAGAAGUACCACAGUCCAUUACAGAAGUACCACUGUCCAUUACAGAAGUACCAUAGUUCAUUACAGAAGUAUCACAGUCCAUUACAGAAGUAUCACAGUCCAUUACAGAAGUACCAUAGUCCAUUACAGAAGUACCACAGUCCAUUACAGAAGUAUCACAGUCCAUUACAGAAGUAUCACAGUCCAUUACAGAAGUACCACAGUCCAUUACAGAAGUACCUGAUUCCACUACAGAAGUACCACUGUCCAUUACAGAAGUACCAUAGUUCAUUACAGAAGUAUCACAGUCCAUUACAGAAGUAUCACAGUCCAUUACAGAAGUAUCACAGUCCAUUACAGAAGUACCUGAUUCCACUACAGAAGUACCACUGUCCAUUACAGAAGUACCAUAGUUCAUUACAGAAGUAUCACAGUCCAUUACAGAAGUAUCACAGUCCAUUACAGAAGUACCAUAGUCCAUUACAGAAGUACCACAGUCCAUUACAGAAGUACCAUAGUUCAUUACAGAAGUACCAUAGUUCAUUACAGAAGUAUCACAGUCCAUUACAGAAGUACCAUAGUUCAUUACAGAAGUACCAUAGUCCAUUACAGAAGUACCAUAGUCCAUUACAGAAGUAUCACAGUCCAUUACAGAAGUAUCACAGUCCAUUACAGAAGUACCACAGUCCAUUACAGAAGUACCAUAGUUCAUUACAGAAGUACCAUAGUUCAAUACAGAAGUACCAUAGUUCAUUACAGACGUACCAUUCUUUAUUCCAUAAGCACCAUACUCCAUCACAGAAGUACUAUAAUCCAUCACGGAAGGAUCAUAUUCCAACGGAGAAAUACCGCCAAACCGUCAGGGCAGUGCCAUAUACCUGUAGCUCUCCCCCACCCUCUCCAUCAACACCACCACACACAUACACAAUCCCCCAGACGCCAGUCUCUAUCCACAUGAACCGAGGGGAGCUCGUCCAUCAAGACUUCCUCCAGUCUUCCAAUCUAGUCGAGACACAAGUGUCCCUACCCCCUUUAAACCGAGGGAGUGGGUCCCCCUAG